AGGAGGCCAACAUAUACUCUAAGAAACUCUGGGUCCUAUCUCAGAACAUGUCUAAGGCAUAUGACUCUGUCCAUAUUCCACUACUCAAAAAAGCAUUAGCUAGGAUCAAAUUACCAAAGGCAAUCAUAAACUUAAUCACAGACAUAUUCACUAAUAAACACAAUAUAGUAAUAACCAAUCAUGGUACUAAAGAGCCAUACCCAAACCCAAAAGACAGAAUCAAUCAUCCUGUUUUGGCUUACAUGGAAGACAUGACAUGGAUUGCAUCAUCAAAACAACAACUAGAAAAAAUCCUCACUAUAGCCACAACCUUUUACAGCUUCACUAAUAUACGAGUAAACACAAACAAGUCUGUAUUAGCUAUACUUAACCAUACUGACCCACCCAGUAUUACUUUUAACAACAUCACUAUAGAAAGUAUAAAACCCAAACAAGCAUUCAGAUUCCUAG